GUGUCCGCGCCGCCACAGCUGAUCCUCGGCGCAGACCAACAACACCUUAUACCUCUACUGUCCUCUACUCUACUCUGCCUCUUAAUAUCCUGAGGAGGAGUGAGAGCUGAAGAAUGGAGGCCCUCAUUCCUGUUAUAAAUAAGCUACAAGAUGUAUUUAACACUGUGGGUGCUGAUGCCAUACAGCUGCCUCAGAUAGUGGUGGUCGGCUCUCAGAGCUCAGGAAAAAGUAGUGUAUUAGAGAGCCUGGUAGGGCGGUCGUUUCUUCCCCGAGGGGUUGGAAUUGUCACCCGACGCCCGUUGGUGCUACAGCUGGUGUACACGUCUCAAGAUGACAACCAGCACCGCCGCAGAGACAGUGGCACUCUGGAACUGGAGGAGUGGGCACAGUUUCUUCACAUGAAAGAGAAAACCUUCACAGAUUUUGAUGAAGUCCGGGAUGAAAUUGAGCGAGAAACAGCUAAGGUGGCUGGGCACAACAAGGGAAUUUGCAACGAGCCCAUCAGACUUAGGAUAUUUUCCGAUAAAGUUGUCAAUUUAACUGUGGUGGACUUACCAGGGUUAACCAAGGUUCCUGUUGGUGAUCAACCAGAAGACAUUGAAACUCAGAUUCAUCAAUUGAUUUUAUAUUAUAUUGGAAAUCCCAACUCCAUUAUUCUGGCUGUCACUUCGGCCAACAUGGACAUGGCCACAUCGGAGAGCUUAAAGAUGUCCAAAGAAGUAGAUCCUGAUGGCCGACGAACCCUGGCUGUUGUCACCAAGUUAGACUUAAUGGAUGCAGGUACUGAUGCCAUUGAUACACUGUGUGGUCGUGUUAUACCUGUGAAGCUGGGCAUUAUUGGUUUAAAUAGGUCACAGCAAGACAUCAUUGAUGGCAAGUCAAUAAAGAAAGCGUUGGCAGAUGAAGCAGCCUUCCUCCAGAGGAGAUAUCCUACUUUAGCAAACCGGAAUGGCACCCCCUACCUGGCUAAGACCCUAAACAGACUGCUGAUGCAUCAUAUCAGAGAUUGUCUCCCAGAAUUAAAGACCCGGGUCACGAUGAUGAUGUCUCAGUUCCAGUCACUCCUGAACAGUUAUGGUGAUGAUGUACAGGACAAGGCUCAGACUCUCUUGCAGAUUAUCACCAAGUUUAAUGCUGCUUACUGCCAGACAAUUGAGGGUACUGCCAGGAAUAUUGAAACUACUGAACUCUGUGGAGGUGCUCAGAUUCGUUAUAUUUUCCACGAAACCUUUGGUCGUUAACUGGACAGCAUUCAUCCUCUGGCCUGCCUCACGCAGAUGGAUAUACUCACAGCAAUCCGCAAUGCUACCGGGCCUAGACCUGCCCUCUUUGUACCUGAGGUUUCAUUUGAACUGUUGGUGAAGCGACAGAUUCGCCGCCUGGAAGAACCAUCCAUGCGGUGUGUGGAGUUGGUUCAUGAGGAGAUGCAGAGAAUCAUUCAGUUUUGUGGAACAGAGGUUCAACAAGAAAUGUUACGUUUCCCAAAACUUCAUGAAAAAAUUGUCGAUGUAGUGACACAGCUACUGCGCAAGCGUCUACCACCCACCAACUGCAUGGUUGAAAAUCUUGUGGCAAUUGAGCUGGCAUACAUCAACACCAAACACCCAGACUUCCGGCCAGAUGCGUCAUUAGUGUCCUCCCUCUCGGCAGAAGAAGAUAAAACUCGCAACAUUCCAGUUCGUCGUGCACAUGGAAAUGCUCCCUCCACUUAUGAACAGGAGAUCAGGGAACAGUCCAAGCGUGGAGAGUUGAGGCAUAUUGACAGCUUUGGUAGUAGAGCGAGUCUUCACGAACACCAGAGGAACCACAAGAAUGUGGGCCGAUAUGUUGCCGAGCAGCUGCCUCUCCGCCCAGCUACUGUUGACCUCCCUGCAUCUGCUAUGAGCAAGGAUCAAGCUAACAGUCAGAACUGGUUUUCAUCUCUCAUUGCUGGACCUCGGGCAGAAACAAGUGGACCGAGCAAAGAACAGUCACGAGAGACUUCGCCGAGCAUGACACCGACUCAUCAGAUUGAGAAGAUCCCACAGCUCCCCCCACCACCAGCUGAGGGCGGCAUACUGUCUCCACAGAAGCCAGUGAAUCUUCUUCCAGAGGUGCCCAUGCAACAGACGCGCAAACUGACUGAGAGAGAGACUAAAGAUUGUGAAGUCAUAGAACGCCUCAUCAAGACAUAUUUCUACAUCGUUCGCAAAAGUAUCCAAGACAAAGUGCCUAAGGCCAUUAUGCACUUCUUGGUUAACCAUGUUAAGGACAAUCUACAAUCAGAGCUUGUCAAGCACUUAUAUCGCACAGAGGAGAUUGAUAACUUCCUCUCGGAGUCCCCAGAGAUUGCUCAGCGAAGGAAGGAAGCUGCAGAGAUGCUUAAGGCUCUUCAGAAUGCCAACGUCAUAAUUGGAGAGAUUCGUGAGACCCACAUGUGGUAGAAGAGACUUGGAUAGUGAACAUGCCCAUCACACAGUCGUCAUGUAGUUGAGAAUACAACUCUACCAUUUAUACUUGAGAAUGUUCUUCUUCUGUGGUUGAAGGAAGUUUAAUCACAUUGUUGUUUUGAAGAAUUGUAUAUCUUAUAAUACCCAAAGAACUUCUCUUCUUCUGUUACAGAUUCAUAUCUCCUUUGUCUCCUAAAGUAUGGCAGUGCAUCCUGCCUUGGGUGAAGACCAUCCUUCAUUUAUUAAGGGGGUUAUUCUCAUCCUGUGAUUAAUGAGGAUAGUUUUUUUUUUUUUGUUAGUGAAAUUGUGAUUUUUGCUCUCCUUUUAGAUUCUCAUACAGUAGUUCCAUAUGCUCAAGUAUUUCUUCAGAACAUGUACAGAGAAUGUUACUACAUGCAUAUAGCAGUUAAAAAAUAUAAAUUUUUUACAACAGGAAGAGGUAAUGGCCAGAUACUUAGAUAUUGUUUGAACAUCUACCGUAACUAAUCUUUAAUUUUAGCCACAUGUUUUUAUUUUCAAGACAGGUUUAUACUUAGGGAAAAUGUACUUUAGUUGCUGACUCAUGCACUUGCUGCCAUAAUAUUGGCAACAAAUCAAGAUUAUGGAACAACUUAACAGAGCAUUUUAAACAUUGAUUAAAGGGUCUUAAUUUGAUCAUCAGAUAAGAAUGCUAGAAGUAACAUCUACUGUGGAUGAAAAAUUAAAUCGGCUACAUAAUCUAACAUAUUGGCAAACUAUGUUAAACUCCAUUUAAUCGUAAGUAUUAAUAAUUUUGUACAACUUUCAUAUUUAACUCUCGAUAUAUUUUCUGUGUUCAGGGACACAUUUGUACUGAUUACUUUCCAUAUAUUCUAGAUCUUGGUUAUGUUUAAGGAAGUACUGUAGGUUAAAGAUGAUCAAGUGCAGGACAUUCCACACUUUGAUGCCAUAUCCCUGUAAAGAAGUCAUCAUUGUGACAGAUGGCUCCCAGAUUUAAGAUAUGAUUGGAAAGUGCUCUCAUAGUUUGUUACCUUAUGAUAUGAAGGAAAUACAGCUGUCGUUCUUCCUGCCAUUGCAAGUGGAAAAGUACAGUCAGUAUACUGAUAAUUUUCCCCCCAUAGAUACCCCACCAACUGAUGGGAAUUCUCUGGGUACUUAGUCUUCUUCAUUGAAUACAGUAUUGAUUUAUUUGUUUACUUAUGAAAUUAUUUUAGAUUCAGUCACCCAUGCACGAAAUGCAGUACUAAGUUCCAUAUGAAUUAGUCUACAGGAUACGUUAUUGUAAAUACAUACAAGUGUUAUAGUACCUGUACCUAGAGCCAAUAGGAAAAUCCUCAGUGUUCUAACAGCGAGUCAGUGAUGACAUACAUUAGAGUGCUGACAACCCCCCUCCCCUUCCCUUUGUUUUUAAGGAAGAUUUGUAACUAUUUAUUUUAAGUGUUUAACAAAGGAUGAUAUUACUGUUUUGUACUGAUGGUGUUUUACAGACCUUUCAAUUUAAUUCUACCAGUGUAAGUGAUGAUGUUUACUUAAGCUCCCAAGUUGUGGAUCAACACCUUUGUAAUAAUUUCUAUUUAGAAGCACAAGUGUAUGAAUGCUUGUGAUAUGCUUCUUAGAAGAGAGAUCUAAUUUAAUUCCCCUAAGGACACAGUCAAUAUAAUGUUAAGUAAGAUGAAAUCAAGAGGAAGUUCAUUUUUAUUAUCUUAAGUUACUUCAGCUUUCAUGUUGCAAGAGUGUGAUAUAUAUAUAGAAUUAACUUUGUGUUCAAAAUAUAAGCUUCUGGUUGAAUCUAAUCUAUAUCCACUGCUCAGAAAUUUGGAUGCCAUUUAUUGUAAAAAAAAUUGCAUUAUAAUAUUUUAGUUGCUAAGUAAAUAUGAUGUGCAGCUACAAGCAGUGUGCAUUAUGAACAUCAAAUAAUUUGACAUGAACUGUUAGCAUUGGUGUCUACUUAGGCUUGUUGGUAUCAUUAUCACUAAAUACUAAAUUUUUCACAAUACGUACUGUAGUCCUUAAAGUAAUUUAGUACAGUAUUCAAACUGGUACGUGACUGGUUACACUUCCCUUAUGCAAGAAUGUUUACCUUAUCACUAGUAUAAUUAUAAUGGGAAUAGUCAAUAGAGCAAAUCAGUGUCCACAAUUUAGGUUUGAUUAUAUACUACAAGGUGUACAUGGAAUAUUAUCUAUAUUACAGUGUACAGUACAUGGUAUGUGAUGUAUAUUAUGAAGUGUAUAUGGUAUAUGAUAUAUUUUAACAGUGUAUGUGGUAUAUGGUGUACAGUACUGUAUAUUACACAUUUUACAACCAAUCCAAAAAAGAAUUAAGACCCCAGGCAUCCAAAAGAAUAUGAAGCAUUAGGUGAAGACAAACCCAACCCAACCAAUUUGUGAAUGCACCUGAGGUUUUCACUCAUUUUCUAUUCCAUCGGACCCUGAAGUCUAGAUACUUUUUUGGAUUGGCUGUACUUGAUAUAGUAUAUGAUACACUGUAUAUAAGACAGUGUUCAUGGUAUAUGAUACUUCAUGUGAAUGGAUCAACAUUUUGUUGAAGGAUGAGAAAAUGAACCUUUAUUUUUAAUGCAUUCAUUAGAUCCAUAUGGAUUGAGUACAAAGGGAUAAGUGUAAGCUUUUUUACUUUUAAUAUCAAAAGUAAGUUUACUCGGAGCAAUAGUUUAUUGUUAUUGAGAGAGAAACAUCUUAUUUUAAUUUCCAAUACAGGUAUGUCAUUCUCAUAACCUUUUGUAACAAACAAUCAGAAACUGGACUGGAUGUGAUAUAUUGUACAUUGUCUUCGUGAAUGUUAUAAUCUGUUGUACAGUUCUUGAGCUUUUAUUUGUUUGUACUGUUGUGAAUAUAAUCUGUAAAUAUUUAGUUUAAUCAGAAAGAAUACCGUAAUUUCAUAUACUGUUACAUAGAUCUUCAACCCACAUUGGUGAUAUUUGCGCUUGUCUAUCUUAUUGGAUUACAGUUACCAGUGGUAGUUUUAGGAUGUUUUGAAAGACAGAUACAUUUCAUAAAGUAUAUAGCUCCGUGAAGGAAAGGCAAAACCUCUACUCUUUCUUACUCCAUUAUAUAAUCUUUCAAAUCUUAUCUCGCUAUAUUUAUUGUCAGUUAGUGUGUCACCGUAAUCUACAAAUGAUUCCUCUUGUAAAUACAGCAUCAUAUAUUUGUUCAUAUCAAAGAAAUAAAAAUGGUUGCUUUUA